UCGCGGGAGCCGGGCGCGGGGGGGAGCGCGAGGGGGCUGUGGCCGUGGCCGUGGCUGUGGCCGUGGCGGCAGCUCUCGCGGUGUUUGCGCGGCCCUCCCCCCUGCCCUCCGGGAUCCCCCCUCCCCCCAGCUCCGCUUCCCUCCCCUCCCCGCAGGGAGAAUAUGGUCGCCGGCGAUGGACGCCCCCAGUGCAGGAAGCGCCUUUGAGGACUUUAUUGAAGCCCUAAAAGAGAAUUCAAACAACAAGUUCUUCAAUCUCCCUAAACUUGGAGGCACCAAGUAUGAUGCUCUGCCUUACUCCAUACGGGUACUUUUGGAAGCUGCCGUUAGAAGAUGUGAUGGCUUCCUAGUGAAAAAGGAAGAUGUUAUGAACAUUUUAGAUUGGAAGAAUAAACAAAACAAUGUUGAAGUGCCCUUUCUCCCUGCCCGGGUUCUCCUUCAAGAUUUUACUGGGAUACCAGCAAUGGUGGAUUUUGCUGCUAUGAGAGAAGCAGUGAAAACUCUUGGGGGAGAUCCUAAGAAUGUCCAUCCUGCCUGCCCCACAGAUCUCACUGUUGACCAUUCUUUGCAAAUUGACUUCAGUAAAUGUGCAAUACAGAAUGCUCCGAAUCCUGGAGGUGGUGAACUGCAGAAACCAGCCAGCAAGCUUUCCCCACUUAAAGUCCAGCAUCGAAAAGCCUCCUGCAGAGGUCAGGCUGCUUGCCGAGGACCGUGCGGUACUGGAGAGCUGGGCCGCAACUCAGGAACGUUUUCUGCACAGAUCGAGAACACGCCUCUCCUGUGUCCUUUCCAUUUACAACCAGUGCCUGAGCCUGAAACAGUGUUAAAAAACCAAGAGGUAGAAUUCGGCAGAAAUCGAGAGAGGCUACAAUUUUUCAAGUGGAGUUCAAAAGUUUUUAAGAAUGUGACUCUAAUUCCCCCUGGAACUGGAAUGGCCCAUCAAGUAAAUCUGGAGUAUUUGUCAAGAGUGGUGUUUGAAGGAGAGAACUUCUUCUUCCCAGACAGUGUGGUUGGCACAGACUCCCACAUAACGAUGGUGAACGGCUUGGGCAUCCUGGGGUGGGGAGUCGGUGGCAUCGAGACAGAGGCAGUCAUGCUUGGUCUCCCAGUCUCUCUUACUUUGCCAGAGGUGGUCGGGUGUGAAUUGAUUGGGUCAUCGAGUUCUUUGGCCACAUCCAUAGAUGUGGUUCUUGGCAUUACAAAGCACCUGAGGCAAGCCGGAGUGGCUGGAAAGUUUGUCGAGUUCUUUGGGAGUGGCGUAGCUCAGCUCUCUGUGACUGACCGAACCACGAUAGCAAAUAUGUGUCCAGAAUAUGGUGCUAUUCUGAGCUUUUUCCCUGUUGACAAUGUGACAUUAAAGCACUUAGAACAUACAGGUUUUGACAAAGACAAGCUUGCGUCAGUGGAAACAUACCUUAAAGCUGUGAAGUUGUUUAGAAGUGACCUGGGCUCUUCAGUGGAGCCUGAGUAUUCCCAGAUUAUACAGAUUAAUCUGAACUCUAUAAUUCCAUCUGUCAGUGGUCCAAAGAGGCCCCAGGAUCGAGUGGCUGUGAGUGAUAUGAAAAAUGAUUUCCAAGCUUGCCUCAAUGAAAAGGUUGGAUUUAAAGGCUUUCAAAUUGCCGCUGAAAAGCAAAGUGAUGUUGUGCCUAUUCAGUAUGAAGGAAUUGAGUAUAAAUUGUCUCAUGGUUCUGUGGUCAUUGCUGCCGUCAUCAGUUGUACCAAUAACUGCAAUCCCUCCGUGAUGCUUGCUGCAGGUCUUUUGGCCAAAAAAGCUGUUGAAGCCGGUCUCCGAGUUAAGCCUUACAUCAGAACAAGCCUAUCUCCUGGCAGUGGGAUGGUCACACAUUACCUCAGUUCAAGUGGAGUGUUACCAUAUCUUAGCAAACUUGGAUUUGAAGUAGUUGGCUAUGGAUGUUCAACCUGUGUUGGGAAUACAGCCCCCUUGCCAGAAGCUGUUCUGAAUGCAAUAAAAGAGGGCGACUUAGUUGCCUGUGGGGUGUUAUCUGGCAACAAGAAUUUUGAAGGUCGUCUUUGUGACUGCGUCCGUGCCAACUACCUUGCCUCGCCACCUCUAGUAGUAGCCUAUGCCAUUGCUGGAACAGUGAAUAUUGAUUUCCAGACGGAGCCUUUAGGUACAGAUCCUCAAGGCAGAAACAUCUACCUACAUGACAUUUGGCCUGAUAGAGAGGAGCUUCAUAAAGUAGAGGAAGAACAUGUGAUAUUCUCCAUGUUUAAAGAAUUAAAAGAAAAAAUGGAGAAGGGAAAUAAGCGGUGGAAUUCCUUAGAUGCGCCAGAUUCGGUUUUGUUCCCAUGGGAUUUGAAAUCUACUUAUAUCAGAUGUCCAUCCUUUUUUGAUAAACUUGCCAAAGAGCCAGUUUCACUGCAGCCCAUUGAAAAUGCCCAUGUCCUGCUCUAUUUGGGAGAUUCCGUCACAACAGAUCACAUAUCACCUGCUGGAAGCAUCGCCAGGAGCAGCGCUGCUGCUAAGUAUCUGACAAACAGAGGCCUUACACCUCGUGAAUUCAAUUCUUAUGGAGCCCGAAGGGGUAAUGAUGCUGUGAUGACAAGAGGCACCUUUGCCAAUAUCAAACUCCUAAAUAAGUUUAUUGGGAAACCAGCUCCCAAAACAGUUCACUUCCCAUCAGGACAGACGCUGGAUGUAUUUGAGGCUGCAGAAUUAUACCAGAGAGAAGGUAUUCCAUUGAUUAUCUUAGCAGGGAAGAAAUAUGGUUCUGGAAAUUCAAGAGACUGGGCUGCCAAAGGACCAUAUUUGAUGGGUGUGAAAGCUGUGUUAGCUGAGAGUUACGAGAAGAUUCACAAAGACCAUUUGAUUGGAAUCGGCAUCGCUCCACUGCAGUUUCUUCCGGGAGAAAAUGCCAGUUCCUUGGGCCUCUCUGGCAGAGAGCAGUUCUCUUUUUCAUUCCCUGAAGAUCUGUCACCAGGAGUCACCUUAAACAUAAAGACAAGCACUGGGAAAGUAUUCAGCGUGAUUGCUUCAUUUGAAAAUGAUGUGGAAAUAACAUUAUACAAACAUGGCGGAUUAUUAAACUAUGUGGCUCGGAAAUUCUCCUAGUAUCUACUGAACAUGGAGCCCUUCCAUAAUUGGUAACUGCAGAUGCCUUGUGUGAUGGACCCAGGAAUCCAUCCGUGGAGCUACAGCCACAGUACUCUCAGUUAUCUCAUCCAUGGGUGUAAAUGAUUGUGAAUCAUCGUAGUGACCACAAUGAGAUCUUUCUUGAUUUUAAAUACUAUACGAAUGGUGCUAUUAACAUUGCUAAAAUCAGCCUAAGUGUGUUGUGGAAGAGAGCUGUAAGUAUGGGGGGUGGGGGGGUGGGAUAUUUUAUCAAACCAUUUUGUAAAUAAACAAGGCGGAGUUUGAACUUGAAUUGUGGUGAAGACUAUUAUGUAAGAGCAGCCUUCCUGCACUUGUUUUCCUUUAUGUGUUUGCACCUUUAAAACUGGGUACUACUGUUUGUUGGUUUAAGGGUAACAGAUUGACGUACGAGAAGCCAGAUCAGAUUAUCAAAUUCUGGAAGCUGAGAAGCUAGGUCCAAAUGGACUUUCAGCUUUUAUUCUGUAGCCUUAGAAUGGAGGUAAGCAAAGCUUGUGUACUUAGGUCGGUGUCUGCUUUAGUUUGGAAGUAGAGGCCAGAGCUAGCUUCAAGUCUUCAGCCAAGGGACGUGGCCUCCAGAAACAAGGGGGUUGCGUGGGCUGGCUUUUUUCCAGGAGGAUCCAGGAGGAAGGGAAGACUAGUCUAUUCCAUAGUAAUCCAACAUGUUACCUGUAGAUGUUUAAUAAUUUGCUGGUUAAACUGCAAGGCAAGAUCAUAGAAUCACAGAUGAGGCAGAAGUUACCCAUCUUCAUGUGAGACUUUUACUUCCAAGUACACAUCAUUUAUCAAAAACUCACCUUUUGACUGUUGUUGAAGAUCUGAGAAAGAAGCUGUUUAUUUGACCAGACAAUUGUAAAAAUGAUCUUCUCUAGGCAUUUGGAGAGGGCCUAAAAUUAUAGCAGAUGUUCAUGAGGUGGCUGAGCAGUCUAAGUAGAUUUUAUUUUUAAUAUUUGCAAGACCUUCUGAAUUAUUUAAAAACAUUUUCUGUCAUUCAGUCAUCCUUUUAUUUCUUUGGGUCAGUUUUGUGUUAUCACCCUGUUUGAGGGCAAUGAUGUUUAACCUAUUCUGAACACUCUUGUCUUGCAAGCAUAUAUUCUUGCUUACCAGAAUGAAUUCCUUGAUAUAACCCAAAGAAGCUGGACCACUUUUCUAUUACCCAGAUGAUUGUUUCUGAAACUUGUAUAAGUUAUUUUAAAUUUGAGGAAUUUCAUUUUAAGAAGUAAAACAAAGUGAAAGGAAAAGUAAUGUACUAUUUGCUUUGAAAUAUUAUGAUCACAAUUUUAAAUCAAUUAACAUUGCAUAUAUAAGGAAUGAUCAAACCCUUCCAACUAUUUAAACCAGUGGACAGGGACCACUGAGUAACUAUUGCACAGAAUUACCAAGUGUGAGAGUUUACAGAUAAGUCAUAAAUAUAUGUUUGGUUGAUAAAAUGUGCUAGGUUGAAGCUAAAUAACUUUUCUUCCCCGUCCCUUUCCCUAUCCACCCUAUGUGCACUUAAAACAAAUUCUUGUCUAAUCAUAUUUGCUUCCUGUCACCUUGGAACCAUAUUGUUUUUCAAUGCUUUAUCAUGCUCUUGUGUAUCCUUGUCAGUGUAUUUUUUAAUUUACACAGAAACAUGUGUUAUAGUUGGAAUUGCUACACUCUAAAUGUUACACCGGCCAUGGUGAUUUUCAAAAGAAAAUGUUUGGCUUCAAUAAUUGUGAACCAUUUGGGAAAAAGUCUUUAUAAACUUGGGGCCAUCCUGCAGCCUCCGAGUAGAGCUAUGAACACAAACACAUCAGUUGUCCGGUCAGUACACAAGGCCAUUUUGAACUCUCCAGUAGUAAUGAAGAAUUUACAGACAUUUAACGUCUGGUCAGUUCAGUGGCAAUUUUCAUGGUUAGCGAGCUUUCAUUUGUUGUCUAAUCCCAGUUAUCAUGCUCUCCUGUUUGUAUAUUGCAAGUAGAAUUCUCUUUCCUGGGAAGUGGCUAGAUCUACUUCUCAGUAGGAACUGCUGUUAGCCAAUUGUUUGUUAUAUGAGAAAAUCCUGGCAUUCAGUGCUGAAUUUGUCCUGUGUGUCCCUUUGGUUGUCACUGUUUCUUGCAUAAAAGAUGCCUCUUGCACACUGACACUAGAAGAAAUGAAGUGCUAUUUAAGGAUAGGAAGUCCUGUGGACACAUCACAGAAGUCCUCAGGGUGCAGUUGUAAAAGCCCAUCGUCACCUGAAGUGGUUUUUAAAACUUUAACAGUAAAUUAUGCUAAGAGGAAUGCCCAAUUUCAUGACUUACACGUCUGCUCUUUGAUAUGAAAUGGAUGAAAAGGCUCUCUCAUGUUCAGCCAUGAGUAACCACACCAACACCCUGAUAGUUGUAGUUGUUUAUUCUGUGACUCUGACUUCUAAAGGGAAGGGAAUGAGUGGUGUAGUCUGGGCUCUGGCAGGAGUGUGGUCCCCACAGAUACCCGGCUUCGAUCUGUGGUACACGAUGGGGGUAGGGGGGGACAUUCCUAUGGAAAUGAAGUGCAGAUGGCCCAGCAGCUGCCUAAGCUACUGGGAAGAUUUCAUGCCUUGUCAGGACAAGUGCUGCCAGCAUCAUUUGCACCUGCCUAUAGGAGGGUGGAGAGAGUUUAUUUGGCCACCGUGUGGGCAUGGUCCCAAGUAAAAGGCAACUUUUUUCUUUUGGCAUUUAAUUUAUCUAUAAGGAUGGCAGGGAGAACAAAAUGGAUACCCCAAGCCUUCCUUGGUUUGUUUGAUUUGGGAGAACAAAACAAAAACAAUAUUAUUUGGGCUUCUGAAAUGUUUAUUCCCCAAAUUGUAAUAGUGUUGCUGUUUCUAUCCAUUUGACAUCUAGUAUAUGGCUAUAGAACCAUAUGUAUAGUAAUCACAUUUGAAUAAUUGCAAAUCAAUGUCUACUGUUUAAAGCCAACAAAACAGUAUAACAGUUUUAAGCUCAACAAUGUUAAGUAUUGUAUAGAAAUAUAUCUGGAGGCAAAGUUCAAUUGAUGACAAUUGUGCAUAUAAUGUUACCAAUGUUGUAAAUUAUUUUUAAUAAAGAAAAUUGUAUUAUCA